AACCAUCCUCUUCCUCUCUGCCUAGCCGCCGCCGCGGAGUGCAGCCGAGCUAAUCUGAUCGAGGAACACGGUUACCAGACGGGCUGGGUCUAUGGUCGCUCCGCGAGCCGCUCCGCCAGCUGGUGCUUUUUUAUCAGGGCAAGCUGUUUUCCAUGGCAGGGAACUUUUGGCAGAGCUCCCACUAUUUGCAGUGGAUUUUGGAUAAACAAGAUCUGUUGAAGGAACGUCAAAAGGACUUAAAGUUUCUCUCAGAAGAAGAGUAUUGGAAAUUGCAAAUAUUUUUUACAAAUGUUAUCCAAGCAUUAGGUGAACAUCUUAAGUUAAGACAACAAGUUAUUGCCACUGCUACAGUCUAUUUCAAGAGAUUCUAUGCCAGGUAUUCUCUGAAAAGUAUAGAUCCUGUACUGAUGGCUCCUACAUGUGUGUUUUUGGCAUCCAAAGUGGAGGAAUUUGGUGUAGUCUCAAAUACAAGAUUGAUUUCUGCUGCUACUUCUGUAUUAAAAACUAGAUUUUCAUAUGCCUUUCCAAAGGAAUUUCCUUAUAGGAUGAAUCAUAUAUUAGAAUGUGAAUUCUAUCUUUUAGAACUAAUGGAUUGUUGCUUGAUAGUGUAUCAUCCUUAUAGACCUUUGCUCCAGUAUGUGCAGGACAUGGGCCAAGAAGACAUGUUGCUUCCCCUUGCAUGGAGGAUAGUGAAUGAUACCUACAGAACGGAUCUUUGCCUGCUGUAUCCUCCUUUCAUGAUAGCUUUAGCCUGCCUACAUGUAGCCUGCGUUGUACAGCAGAAAGAUGCCAGACAGUGGUUUGCUGAACUUUCUGUGGAUAUGGAGAAGAUAUUGGAAAUAAUCAGGGUUAUUUUAAAAUUAUAUGAACAGUGGAAGAAUUUCGACGAAAGAAAAGAGAUGGCAACUAUUCUUAGUAAGAUGCCGAAACCAAAACCACCUCCAAACAGAAAUUCCCUGAGUGAUUCUUCACUAGUGGCAGGGCCUGAAGCUGCAAGAUGAUGGUGGACAAGAUAAGGCAAUAAUCCCAUUGCCACAGUUACUGUGAAGGAGAGCAGGGUCCAAAUGGAAGUCAGAACUCUAGCUACAGUCAAUCAUAAAACAUUCCGAAGAAUUCCGUAGUGGACCACUUGGAAAUAACCAUUGGACAAUUUCAUUUAUGUCUUCAGUGGAACACAAAUGAAAAUGAAUAGCUUGUUUCUGUCAAGCAUAUUGGGAAGUGAUUUUAGUUUUGCAAAAUAAGUUUUUCCUUAGCUAAUUUGACUUUCUUAUAUUAUUGAUUAAAAUCUUUUGAUUUACA